AUGGAGUCACCCGCCGCCUAUCCCGAAUCUCCGAUGGAGCAAGAUGAAAUACCGGUCCCUUGCAAGGGUUGUGGUGAGAUCUUGGAAGAGGGAAAAGCAUUCGAACUUGCCGGGAACCGAUGGCAUAUCGAAUGUUUUUGCUGCAGCACUUGCGGCACCCUUCUUGAUUCGGACGCCCACCUUCUGCUUCUCGGGGAUGGCUCGUUAAUUUGCAGCAACUGUACCUAUAGUUGCAGCUCCUGCGGCAACAAGAUCGAGGACUUGGCCAUCUUGACGGGAGAACAGGCCUUUUGUUCCCAAUGUUUUCGAUGCCGCAACUGUAAAAAGAAGAUUGAAAACCUGCGCUAUGCGCGGACCUCCCAGGGUAUCUUCUGCAUGGACUGUCACGAGUCGCUGAUGCAGCGGCGCCGAAAGCGCAAUCGUGCUGUGCCCCCUUCCAAAAAACAGGCCCCGAACGUGAAGCUGGACAAGUCACUGCCGUCAUUGCCCCCUGAGGAGGCCGAAUCCCUGGCACGAUCCGCCGAGGAUCCUGCGGCCGAUGCCUAUGCAGGCGCAACUACCGAGGUGGCUUCUCGAGGGGCGGGGCCUGCGCUGGACGCUGGAAGGACUUCUUGCCCGCAUGAUCCUCAGGAAAACUUAAUCCUCCCUUCGAGCACGUAUCGCAGCAACCGCCACUCCGUGGUUCCGCGAGAAGCUGAAACAGACGGCGGAGAGUUCCUUAUACCGCUUGCCUUCGACCCUGCGGAGGAGCAACGUUCCCAAGGGCCGCCACCUCAUGAUGCCAACACUGACUCCAACAAGCAUCUACACAAAUCGCCCAGGGAGGGAUACGAGUCGGAGAGCUCUUCGCCUCACAUCGCGUACCAAGAAAAGGGCCGCGAGCGUCCCGACAUCGACCAAACUCGCUGGCGCCAGGACGAGGCUGCGAUGGGUCCGAAUGGCUCCUCGCGGAGCUCGCGAUCUGACCUGCCCUCGGGCGCCAACGAGACGAGCACUUUCUCCACCCCGAGCCCGGAAAGCACCAAAUCGUCGACCACUCUCCAGAGAGAUGGCUCGACUGCGGACUCGCAGCGAUCGACAGCCGUGGAGAGUGCAACCACACUCCCAAGCCGGCCAUCGCAUGAACUUCGUCGAUUGCACGAGAACGGAGGAUCGCUGGACUCGGCACGAUCAUUCCUUUCCUCCAACAGUAUCCAAAAUCUUCCUAAGCGAGGAGAUUCGUUGCAUCAGUUCUCCCGAAAGGAUGUCGCGGCUUCACCGCGCCCGCAGGCGACCAGCCCAAUCGAGCAAUGGCAUGAACGAAGCAGAAGCACGCCCAAGGUUGGCGAAUCCCUCCGCACUCCUUGUGGCGAUGCCACCCAAGAGUACUCCAAACCCCCGCGACCCAACUCGAUCAACACCGUUCACCAACUGGACCGGGCGAGUUCUCCGUCUCUGAUGCGCUACGGCAGCGGUGAUGCCGCUACGGACGAUGAUCUAACUCGGGUCAUGAGCUCGGAUGAAGCCCACGCAGCUCAGACCAGCGAAUCCUUCUUACGUCGCAUGUCGAACUCGGUACGCCAUGGCCGGAGCUUCAGCGACAAGGGCUCUCGCCUGGCCCGGGACCCCAAGUCGCCCAAAUCACCGGUCAACGGAACCACGUUCCAGGAAGCUCAGAGUCCUUCUGCGGGUUCUCCGGAGAGUGGCGGUUCGGAAGAAGUGGCGUGGUUGCGCAGUGAGCUGCGCAAGGAGCGUCAGCGCGUCAUGGAACGCGAGCAGAAGAUCGCCGAAAUGGAAGCAAUGUUGAAUGCGACGGCCGAUGUCAAACAAGCCAACACAGAACUCAGUGAAAAACGAUCGACAAUGGUGGUCCUGGAUGCUCAGAAGGAAAUCGUCAUGCGAGAACUCUCGGUGCUGACGGAUCACCUAGAGGCCGAGAGGCGCGGAGCCAGUGGCCCCUUGGAUCUUGGGAAACUGACAAACCAUGUGCUCCGAGAAUUCGUCGAGUCCAUUCAGAAAUUGAAGGAUUCCUUCACGCCGCAGAUCGAAGAGUUGGUGCAGAAACGGAAUGAUACUGCGGAGGAACUGGCCAACUUGAACCGCAUGAAGGACAAGAGUUUCCAGGAAUUUGAGCAGCUCUCGUCGAAGAACGCGCAGCUGGCCGAGUUGAACAACCAACUGGUGCAUCAGAUUCAAGAAUUGUACAAGGCAAACAACUCCUCGGAAGGCAACCGUGGCGCGAACGGACUCGGUAUCUACUCCCACGGCAAGGAGAAAUCCUUGUCUUCCAUCGAUGCACUAAAGGCAGCCAACAAUGAAUUGGCUCCGUCGGUGUCAGCUGCCAAUGUCUCCGAAGAGGCCGAACCCGCCACGAUCGUUCCUGGUCCUCAAGUCGUCAGCAUCCGCAAGGGACAGCCCCGUAAGUUUAACUGGAAGAAGGGCGGCCAGAACGUGGCCAAGGGAGUCACCAAGGGUAUCAAGGGUGCCUUCAUGUCGAGUGAAAAUGCAGCCCCAACCGAACCCAGUCCCGGCUUGCCUCGCUCUCAAACCCAAGGCCAAGGGUUUGGGUUCUUUGGAAAUCAGCGUAACAAGCAGACGACGGGCACCCGAAUGCCCCAAACUGACAGCGUCCCGGUCCUGGCAGAAAGCACCCCGAACGGUCUCUUUGGUACCGACUUGGAACAGCGGAUGGAGCAUGAAAAGAGCAUCAUUCCUGCCAUUGUCACACGGUGUAUACAAGAAGUUGAACUGCGAGGCAUGGAUAUGGAAGGUAUCUACCGUAAAUCGGGUGCUAGUUCAGCGAUUCAAACGAUUCGCGAAGGAUUCGAAAGGUCCCCUCAGGAUUACGAUAUCUCUGAUCCUGACCUCGACAUUCACGCCGUAACGUCGGCGCUGAAGCAGUACUUCCGGAAGUUGCCCACGCCUCUUAUUACUUACGAAAUCUAUGAAAAGGUGAUCGACUCGGGUGACAUCACCUCGCAGGCCGCACGGAUCGAGAACCUGCAGAAGAGCCUUGGCGAGCUGCCUCGGGUUCAUCAGGAUGUGCUGGAGUUCCUAGUGUUCCACUUGAAACGAGUGGUUGAGCGUGAGAAGGAGAAUUUGAUGACCAGCCAGAACAUCGCCGUCGUGUUUGCUCCGACGAUCAUGAGGCCGCAGAGCUUGGCCCGUGAGAUGACGGAUGUUCAGAAGAAGAACGAGGUCUUGAAAUUCUUGGUGGAUAACUGUCAAGAGAUUUUCAUGGGAAUGCAGGGCUAA